AUGCACUCCGUCGGGACCUCCAACCUCCUCGCCCUGAUCCCACACCCCUCCAGCCCACACGCGCGCCCAUGUCCAGGCAAACACGUCGUCGCCGCCACAGCCGCGGCCCACGUCGAGGUCCGCGAGGCCCGGCCCGGCCUCGAGGCCCUCCGACAGACCCUCGCCGCGUGCCCUGUCACGGAACAGGAAGCGGAGGGGUCUUCCGCAGGACACCCCCCCCCGCCCGGCGCGCGGACGCGCGACGAGCUGCUCGCGGACCUUCCCAUCUCCCCAGCGGAGCUCGACGCCGCGCUGGAGGGGCUGGGCGCGUUCGUGAUGGACGGGCGCUGGCGGGUGCUGGACGCGCGGUGUUGCGCGGAGGUGGUGAAGAUGGUGCUGCUCACGGUUGUGGAGCACGGGUGGACGACGUUCCGGGUUCCGCGGGACGAGGCGAUCGAGAAGACAGCGAAGGCCGACUUGCGCGCCGAAGUGGUGGCAGGCGCGCUGGCGGCGGUCGCGGCGCCGACGCCCGGCGGCGCGGAGGGCGAGCUCGCGAUCGACAUGGCGAGAGUCGCCAAGGUCCACGCCAGGGCGCUGCUGUGCGGGCGCGCGGAGUGGCCGGCAGCCGAGCUCGAAACAGCUGUGCGCACGCAGCUACCAGAGGAAGCCCGCGACAGUGUGGACGUGGCCGGUGCGCUCCGGGGCGAGGCGGUGACCGUGGGGCAGCCGGGGGCGCCUGUCACGGUCGCGCUCCCGGCGUACGCGCUGACGACGGAGCCCGCGGCGCGCUUCCAGGCGAUGUUUGCGGUCAAGCAGCGGUGGACGCGACAGGAGAUGGCGCCGUACCUCGAGGGUCUCGACGUGCCGGGCGUGACGGACGAGGAGCUGCUCCUGCGGUACGCGCGAGAGACCAAGGGGGGGGGUGAUGUACCCGCCACGUGGUCCGCGCGGUACAGCUUCCAGUAG